AUGACGUGCCUUGAGGCUCCUAUUUCUCUGUUGUCACCUUACUCCCCAGCGGACCCUAAGGCGGCACAGCAACGCCUGGUCACACCCGCGUUUCCAGGAAUCGAGGCCGAAUUUUCCCUGGACAAGUACCUAUGCAGGGAGGCUUUGCUGGCGGCCACAAACACAUGGCGAACCAAAUUGCCGACCGGCUUUCCACUGCGUAUUGAUUCGCCAGCAGUGUGGUCGUCGAGCACGCUCACGGUGGCAAAUGUUACCUACCGGGUUAGUCAAGCGGAUGCCAGUGAGUUGAAAAGUGCUUUAGAGCAUUUUAUCGAAUCUGGGUUAGACCUGAAUCGCAUCGCUCCGGACACUUUCCAUUUGCCAUCGUUCGGUCCAAAACUACGCGAUAUGUCGCGCGCAAUCCAUUCUGGAACUGGCGUAUUCAUCAUCAAGGGACUCCAACCCGACAAGUACGACUUAAGGAGCAAUGUCAUCAUUUUCGCCGGGAUUUCGAGCUAUAUUGGAGACCAAAGAGGCAGACAGAGUGCGCAAAACGAUGUCUUGAGUAGGUGCUUGGGUAGGCUUAAGACGCGAGCCAAUCUACUGACAACCACCCGCGCGCCGGAUGUUGUCGUGCCUAAUCUGGAUAUCAAGCCAUUCCACAACGAUCACUGCGAUAUUCUCGCACUGUACGUACUUGAAACAGCUCGAGCAGGAGGCGCAACUAGGUGGGCGUCGUUCGCCCAGAUGUACAACGAAAUGGUCAGGGAGAAGCCACAAGUGCUAGAAGUCCUCGCACGCAACGACUGGCCACACGAAACCCCGAGUAGAGCAGUCAAGCAUCUGCCUUUGAUGUUCAUUGAAGGUGGAAAUCCAUUCGUAAGCUUUACCCGCUUCGCGCUGACAGGCUUACCAUCCUAUCCACGCGGUCCAAACGCCCCUCAGCUGUCUCCUGAGCAAGCCGAUGCACUCGAUACUCUCCAAUUUGUGGCUGGGAAGUACGCCGUCGAAGUGGAACAGGAGAAAGGUGACAUCCUCUUGAUCAAUAACAGAGCUGUGCUUCAUGCGCGGGACAAAAUCAGAGACACAUCGGAUGACUCCCGGCGUCACCUAAUGCGUCUUUGCCUCAGGGACACCGAGUUUGGCCGUCCUAUUCCUGAUGACCUGAAGCGCCGGUGGGGCGAUAUCUUCGACGGGAACGACUGUAAGAACGGCAAGUGGAUGUUGGCCAAGGAGCACGAUGCCUCCUUUGUUUCGAACAGCAGGUUCGACUCUGCCUUUACCAACGACGAGACUACUGGCAGCCAUGGUUGAUGCCGUGGGCGGUUGUUUUUGGUCGGG